CUUCCUGUAUGUUAUAGAAACAUGCUUUCAACGAGUUUGAUUAAAAGUCAAAUUCCAUAAAUUAUAAGUAUUCAAAUAUUAGGUGCUUCACUUGUUCUUUCAACACCAUUAGAUUCAUUUUCCUGUCCACUGACACACCCUAUAUAUAUUGGUGAGCUUUUCUUCUUGAAGGAAUAUAAUUAAGCAGUGAUAUGAUGGGAGAAAUAGUGAGGCAUCCGAAUGAGUUAUACCCAUUGAUGAAGCUCUUAGUAAUAGCAAAACGAGCAGAAAAAGAGACUCCUUCACAGCCACACUUGAGAUUUUGCUAUUUGAUGCUCCGCAAGAUUUCUCGCAGUUUCUCUCUCGUCAUUCAACAGCUUCCCCUCCAGCUCCGUGACGCUGUAUGCGUAUUCUAUUUGGUUCUUCGAGCACUUGACACUGUUGAGGAUGAUACCAGCAUAGCGACACAGGUCAAAGUACCUAUUCUCAUAGCUUUUCAUCGUCACAUUUAUGAUCAUGAAUGGCAUUUUUCAUGUGGUAUAAAUGCCUACAAGGAUCUCAUGGACCAAUUCCAUCAUGUUUCUUCUGCUUUUCUGGGGCUUGGAAAAAAUUAUCAGGAGGUGAUUGAGGAUAUUACUAUGAGGAUGGGUGAAGGAAUGGCUAAAUUCGUAAACAAGGAGAUUGAAACAAUUGAUGAUUACGAGGAAUAUUGUCACUAUGUAGCUGGGCUUGCAGGAUUAGGCUUGUCAAAACUUUUCCAUGCCUCUGGUAAAGAAGAUUUAGCUCCAGAUUCUCUUCCCAAUGCCGUGGGCUUAUUUCUUCAGAAAACAAAUAUCAUUAGAGAUUAUUUGGAGGACAUAAAUGAAGUACCCAAGUGUCGUAUGUAUUGGCCCCGUCAAAUUUGGAGUAAAUAUGUUUACAAACUUGAGGACUUGAAGCUCGAAGAAAAUUCGGGCAAGGCAGUACAAUGUCUCAAUGACAUGGUCACUAAUACUUUAUCACAUGUGGAAGAUUGUCUUGUUUGCCUAUCCACUUUACGUGAUCCAGCUAUAUUUCGAUCCUGUGCUAUUCCACAGGUCAUGGCUAUUGGGACAUUGGCAAUGUGCUACAACAAUAUCAAAGUCUUCAGAGGUGUUGUAAAAAUGAGACGAGGACUCAGUGCUAAGGUUUUUGACCAGACCAGGACAAUGGCAGAUGUCUACGAUGCUUUUUCACAUUUUUCUUGUAUUCUGAAAUCCAAGGUUGAUAAUAACGAUCCAAAUGCAACAAAUACUUUGAAGCGGAUUGAAGCAAUUAUGAGAACUUGCAGUGACUCUGGAACCUUGUAUAAAAGGAACAAGCCUAACUACAUACCAACUUUGGCUGUUGUCUUUUUCGUCAUAGUGGCUAUUCUUCUUCCCUAUCUGUCUGCAAAAAGAACUUAGACCCUUGUUUUGGUACCAUCUUUGCUGUGACAAUCGGGCAUUAGAACUUGCAGCCUUUUCACGUUGUGCAGAUGGUUACUAGCGAAGUUUCUUUUAUUUUAACACCGAUAUUGAGUCAUUCAAAAGAACGAAAGAAAAAAAGGUCCACCCAAAGAAGAUGGCACCAAUGUAUUAAUUUAUUUGUGCAUGAAUAUACCAAUAAUCCAUCAAAGGAGUAGGGAGGCAAAAUUAUCCUAGUUUCAGAAAGGUGUUGAUUGGGCAAGUUGGAUCAAAUUUGACCGUGUCAUAACAUUUAAAGUCAAUAAAUGGGUCAUGAUCUAAUCUAUAAAAAACUUACUUGGAUCAAGA